AUGGUCACUGACAGGAAAGCAGGACAAACAGUGUCUCAUUGGGUUUUAGUAUCGAAUAACAACUGUGUCGCCCGCCUAGUAAGGUCCUUGAACCUCCCCGCCUAUCCUUUUUCCCUUUGGCACGCAGACCGGAGAGAGACGCCAUGUGCCAAGUCAGCGGGGGCCUUCGCGUGCAGUGAGUGCGACAGCCUGUUCUCGUCUCGCGACUACCUGGACAAGCACCACAAGACGGUGCCCCACAAGGCGGAGGGGCGGCACCAGUGCCGCCACUGCCCCUACUCCAGCGAUCGCGUGGACAGCGUGGUGGCACACGAAAGGACCCACACGGGCGAGACGCCCUUCGUCUGCUCCGCGUGCGGCAAGGCCUUUGCCCAGCAGGGCCACCUGGCCAGGCACCGCCGAGUGCACUCGGGCGAGCGCCCACACGAGUGCACCACCUGUGGCCAGCGGCUGGCGCACCUCGCAGACCUGCGGCGUCACGAGAGGACGCACACGGGCGAACGUCCGCAUGUGUGCUCCGAGUGCGGUAAGGGGUUCACCCAGAAGAGCGUCCUCGUCCGCCACGUGCGGACGCACUCUGGCGCUAGAGUGCACGCGUGCCACCUGUGCGGGUACAGGGGCGGCGACUCGGGCAGCGUGAGGAAGCACGUGAUCGCAGUGCACUCCAAGGAGUACCCCCACGCAUGCGAGCACUGCGGCAAGGGGUUCGUGUCCCCAUGCGAGCUUAGGGCCCACCUGGCUAGGAAGCACGCCGGCGGAGAUUGAAAGUAGGGACAUCACAAACGCCCCGAGGCUCCAGUUUCGUUAAGCUUAACCUUUGCAGAACUUUAAGUAGAAGUGCGCAAAUAAUGAAAUUUCGGCCCAAAAUGAGUAGCGUCCAAAAUUUUGUAUGUCGACUCAAAUAUUGAAUACUAAAACAUUUGCUAUACGCUGGUGCAGGUAAGAAAAGCAGGACAGGCUUCUUUCACAAAGCCCUUCGUCCUUUCCACUUAGCAGAGA